ACACCGUAACGCAACGUCGUGGAUGACAGCUUUUGGUAAAUGUGGCGACGGCUUCCUGCUAAUUUACUCCAGAAUUUCGACUUUGCUUAGGCCAUAUUAUACGGAGAUUCAAAAGGUGUAAUAUAAAAAGCUGUUUCUUGAAUCAGAGCUCCUCUUUCGCUCGCUACCUCCCUACACGUACGCAGUGCCACUGAAGAGGAGGACGUCGAGUACGCGGCAGUACCGGAGAGCGCGAAGCGGCAGCCUGUGACGUAAACGACGCCCUGUCCCUGUUGCGACUUGCGGUUUAGGCGUUUCUUUCCUUACACCUCCUUCUUUACUCCGCAAAGUUCAUCUGCGCAACGCUGACGAGACAGCGUACUGUGUAUGCAUCUCAAUCGAAAAGAACUUCACGGAAAAAAAUAACUGCUUUUCAAGAAAGAAACUUCAAGCGGAGUUCACUGUAGCCAGCCCAGAGGCACUUCUCAGUAUACCAUUCUGGGGUCAUGCUCAGCACACGAAAAACCUGGGACGUCGGCCACACCCCCUGCCUGCAGGAGAUCUGGAAGAAUAUGUCGUUGGACACAAGUGAAGUGGAAUUCCUGAUGACUGAAGAAGAGGAGAAACCCAUUCUUCCAUUGCAGUCUUCUCCAUUCCAGUGUAAGGCAAUGACAAUGAACCACUCAGAGCAAGCCAAUAAUCAAAGCCAAGAGUUUUUGAUACAGUCACUCCAAGAAAAAUUAUGCCAGUUUCAAGCCCGUUUUUGUAGUGAAGAGUCAAAUAGAAGACUACAGAUUCAGUUAAUGAGAAAGGCCCAUGAGCAAAAUAUUAAUGAGAAGCUGGCACUUAUCAAGGGCUUGCAAGAUGUUGUCACUGAACAAGAGGCACAACUUCGAAAGGCUGGGACCAGCUCUGCAAGACGGUCUAGUUUGGGUAGUCGUCCAGUUCCAUCCAUCCAACGGCUAGUUGACUCACUACAUUCUGCACAACAAGAGAAGAUCCAUCUACAGGAAGAUUUACUAUCUCUUCAGGAUCUGCUCCGCAGCAGAGAAAAUGAACAACAGGCUAUGAUUGGACAGUUACGAAACCAGGUUGAAGAUUUAAAAAAAAAGCUAAAAGACCAAGCUCAAGAAUUAAACCAUUUUCAUUCUAAAGCGGGUGCAACAGACUUGGAGAAACACUUACAGAUUUUGGAGUCUGAGAAUGAACAACUGAAACAAGACCUAACUUCCUGCCAGGAUUCCUUGAAGGAACUUCAUUCAGACAUCUCUGUCUGUGUUAACUGCUUACAUGAACAGGAUGUGAAAAAAUUGCAAGCAAAGCUUUUUCAGCUUAAUGCAUAUAUUAAACAAAAAGAUCAAAUGCUGUUAGAGGUGCAGAAGGAACUGGAUAAGAAAUCUGGUGAAGUUCUUGAAUUACAUGUACAGCUGGAAAAUGCCAUACAGCAUAAAGAUGAAAUAACAAACACAUUGCAAGACUGUCAGCUUGCAUUGUCAAGGCACGCUGCCCAGCCCGUGCAGAUCAAGUACAUUACCAAAACUAUAGAAGUAGAAUCUCCUCAUUCAAAGCAGUCCUUGUCAGAAGCUGUGUGUCAGAAUAAGUACCUACAGGAACAGACAGUGGUGCAGAGGCAGCUUGUAAAAGAUCUGGAGCAACAGUUGCAGGAGUCCCAGAGAACAGUUGCCCAGUUAAGAGCCCAGCAAAACAUCGAUAGGAACCGUCUUUGCAAGCUACUCUUUAGAGCUGUUGGUGGUCGCAGUGGCGGUUUGGUUCGUAGGUUGUCAAAGGUAAUGCUUUACGAGACGGAGAUUGAGCGAACACGGGGUGAGCUGGUUGAUGAGAUGCAGUCUUUGGAGGAGGAAAAGAACAGAGUCAUUGAGGAGGCUUUCGUGCGUGCUGAAAGUGAAAUGAAGGCUGUUCAUGAAAAUCUAGCUGGGGUGCGUGCCAACCUUAUGACACUUCAGCCAGCUUUGCGGACUCUAACAAGUGAUUACAAUUGUUUAAAAAGACAAGUGCAGGAUUUUCCCAGCCUUUUGGAGAGAGCCAUUGGAGAUGCAAAGCAGGAGAUCUGCCAGGUUAUUGAAAAAGUGAACAGUGUUAAUCAAGAGCUGCUACGUAAAUAUAAACGAGAGAUGGCUCUUCGUAAAAAGUGUCACAAUGAACUUGUUAGACUAAAAGGAAACAUUAGAGUAUUCUGUAGAGUGCGACCACUUAAUAAAGAAGAUGGGGAUGAUGCAGAUACCAAAAAUGUUGUGGUAUUUGAUACAGAUGAUGAUGCUGUUAUGUAUGUGGCACACAAGGGGAAAUCAAUGAACUUUGAGCUGGAUAAAGUGUUUCCACCAGAAGCAAGUCAAGAAAAUGUUUUCCAAGAAGUUCGGGCCUUAGUCACAUCUUGUAUUGAUGGAUACAAUGUCUGUAUUUUUGCUUAUGGACAGACUGGAUCUGGAAAGACUUAUACUAUGGAGGGGGUUCCAGAAAAUCCUGGGAUUAACCAAAGAGCAUUGAGGCUGCUGUUUGCAGAAGUUAAGGAGAAGGAUCCUGAAUGGAAAUUUGUCAUCACUGUUAGCAUGGUGGAAAUUUAUAAUGAAACAAUCAGAAAUUUGCUAGGAGAUAAUCUAAAUGAGAAGUUAGAAAUCAAACUUUGUCCUGAUGGGAGUGGACAGCUUUAUGUACCUGGAUUGACAGAGUUUACAGUUGAAAGUGUUGAAGACAUAAAUAAAGUAUUUGACUUGGGUUACAUGAACCGAGCCACUGCUUGCACCAACCUCAAUGAACAUAGUUCCCGAUCCCAUGCACUACUAAUUGUUACAGUUAAUGGUCUAAAUGUGACAACUGGCACACGUACCUCAGGGAAGCUAAACCUGGUAGACCUGGCAGGCUCAGAACGCAUUGCAAAAUCAGGGGCUGAGGGCAGUCGGCUUCGGGAAGCACAGUGCAUUAACAAAUCCCUGGCAGCACUGGGGGAUGUCAUUCAUGCCCUACGCACUAAACAAGGACAUAUACCUUUUCGUAACUCCAAACUGACCUACCUGCUACAAGAUUCACUAAGUGGCGACAGUAAGACACUCAUGAUGGUGCAGAUUUCACCUGCUGAGAAAAAUGUCAGUGAAUCAAUCUGCUCUCUAAAGUUUGCUCAGAGGGUGCGGUCCGUGGAGCUGGGGCCACAGUCACGCAAAGUAGAAACUUCCUCUGUUGUUAAUUCUUCCAAUUCAGUGUCUCCAUCUCUUUCACCCACACCCACACAAGAAAGUACAGAGACAGAUCUUCUAUCAAUAACACCAGCACUCAGUCCCACAGUGCGGGGAACCUCAACACUCUCCACAUUUAGCCCAGGGAUUGGAAGAACAUGGAGCAGCACCCGCAGAAAACCCCAGAUAUCAGGAAAGCCAAGACUUGUUACUACAUGUCAUUAAAGAAUUCAAGACUUGCAAAAUGAAGGAAUUCUCUCCAACAAUGUUGGAUUUUUUUCCUCCUUCGUCUUCGUUUUGUUCCACUUUGGUGCUUUACACAUUCAUUGUGCCCAAAACUGAUAAAGUGUGAGCUCAGAGGGCAUACAUGACAGUGACAUUACAUACUGGGAAUGAGGUCUAACCUAAUUUAAACACCUUGUUUCGUGUUUCAGCACUGCCAAGAUUAAAAUGCACUUUAAUCCCAGUCCAUUGGGACUAAUUUGUAAAUAAAUUUUAUAUUUAAAACAACUUUUAUAACAUAUUUUGUAUUAUUUUCAGGGUAAAAUUCAUUAUGUAUUUCUAACAAAACUCUUGCACAGCUUCCUUAAUUUAAAACUUAAAAGCAUUGAAAAGAAGAUUGUUUUACAGGGAAGUACUUACUUUUGUUUAAUAUAUAUGUGUACAAAGUAUUAAAUUGAUCAGAACGUGUGAUAUGUUAAAACGUGCACUUUUUAAAAAUUAGAGCAUGGGUAUUUUUCUAAUGAACAAGCACUGUUGCUACAACUACAUAUUCCAUAUGCAGUAGUUAAGCAAAGUAUAUUGUUCUGUUAGGAAUUAAAAGAAUCAUAAUGCAUCCUUACAUUAAGUUUAAUUAAAACACAGUUCAUCAACCAAAAUAUGCAAUAUUCAGAGCAUCACUGAAAA